UUCCGCAGCUCUGCGCACACCGUUCUCAUGGCGACGCUUGCCUCCGAUACGCUACCAUUGUUUCCGCUGUUCCGGAUGGAAUCGAAGUUGUGCGAUCGGUGAUGCAUAAGUGACAGAGAGAGUGUGUUGCGAGCCACGUGUCUCCGUAUGGUUAUGUUGGUGUGCGGGACAACCAGGCAACACACAGUACUGAGGGAAAAGAGCUCAGGUAAACAUUUACCUCACUGUUAUUGAUGAGUGCUACCGAUUAUUUCAGACUAGCGCCUUGGUUUUCAUUACAGGAAUCGGCUGUGGACAAGGUACUUUGGACCCAGCGUCUACGAAAUCCCUCACAUUACGUUGGCGCCAACUUGAAUCAUGGGAGACAACUCUGCCCCUAACACAAACGGAGUGACGUUAGAGGAGGGCGUGGGGGGAGACACAGAUAUCAACGGCAAGAGGAUGGGUGGACAGGGGGAACACCAGCAGAGCGAUACCACGUCACAGAAGGAGCUGAAACCUGUGAAGACAAUAGCAUUUUGCAGGUUUAUUGUCAGAAGACACAAGCUUGCGUUCGGUCUGACUCUUGGUGGACAUAUUCUUCUCAUAGUGGUGUCAGCAAUUCUAGUACAGAGCGGAUACAACCUGUUCCCACUGAGCUUUACCGGGGUCCCUCUAACGCUGACAGAAGAUGAGACUUACCUCAGAGGAGAGGCGUUCUCCAUGGCGGACGAUAGUGGAGUAAUCAUAGAGAAUAGCCUAAACUCGGACUCGGGAGAGAGAACAAAGACAACGGAAACACUGUACUUGUACUACGAAGCUGGUAACGUUUUCACUAAAGAUAAUCUCAAAGCAAUUGCUGCCUUUGAAAAUGAGUUGGUCGGUAACGCAAAGUAUGGAAACUUCUGCAAACUUACCAUCGCUGGACAGUGUGAAAAACCUUUCUCAAUUAUCAGGCUCUUUGACGGAAGUUUGCCACCUCUAACACAAGAUGUGAACUAUAGUGAUAUUGUUGGAACCCUGUCUGCUGCAAUGAGCAAUCCGGGAAUUGCACAGUUGCUGCAGUUCCAUCUGGGAAAAGAUGCAGUGAUAAAUGCAACUCUGAAUAUAGCUUCCACAUCAAUAACACGGACCAUUAUCUACCUUGGACACACAGACCAAAGUCAAAGAGAAACGUUCUUGGUUGAAAAUUUUCGCGACAAGCUGCUCAGCAAGUCGGACACGGGUAUAGGAGGAAUGACAUUCAUCUACACGUCAAUAAGUCUUUUCAGUUACGACAUUCAGCGGCAAGUCAUAUUCGAUUUGCUUCUCGCUGGGGGAAGCUUUGGAUUCAUUUUCCUCUUUAUGCUCAUCCAGACCCAAUCCUUGCUCAUCACGGGUUUAGCUGUCUUCAGUGUCUUAACGAGUUUCCUUGGAGCCAAUAUGGUAUACAGAAUUGUGCUUGAUUACCAGUACUUUGGUAUAUUCCAUGUCCUCUCUAUCUUCAUCAUUCUGGGUAUAGGUGCAGAUGAUGUGUUCGUUUACUUUGAUACAUGGAGAGCAACGGCUCACGAGAACCAUCCAACGCUGGAAGAGCGUGUCUCCGCCUGCUACAAACGAGCGUCCAAAGCCAUGUUCGCGACGUCGCUGACCACUAUGAUUGCAUUCUUUGUAAAUGCCCUAUCUCCCCUGUUGGCUGUGUCCUCCUUUGGCCUCUUCUCCGGGAUCCUGGUCCUCGUCAACUACAUUUCCGUCAUCGUCUUCUUCCCGACCGUUGUUGUAGUCCACCACAAGCACUGGGAGAACUGGACCUGGCCUUGUUUCCGCUGCUGCAAAAAGAAGACGCCCGAAAUCUCGCCGAACCAUGAUCUGAAGGACGGAGAACGGAAACACCCGAUCGUCCGUUUUUUCCGCGACCCCUUCUUCGCCUUCGUUAGCCAUAAAAUAAUCAAAUGGGUCCUCUUCGUAGUGUGCCUAAUCGUAUUGAGUGUCUUCAUCUACUUUGCGACGACUUUGAAACCCGAAGAAGAAGCUAUCAAGAUAUACAAGGAUACACACAAUUAUGGCAAGGCGAUUGAUCGUAAUCUCAACUCGUUCAAGCCUAGUGUCAAGGACGAAGUGAUAAAGGUCUACCUGGUGUGGGGUUUGAAGGAGCAGGAUCGUGCGUCGUGUCACAAGACGGACUACGAAUGCUUUGGGAGGACAGUGUGGGAUGAUGGAUUUGAUCUCAACCCUAAACCAGCACAGAAUGCCCUCUUCGACCUGUGCACCAGGAUCCGCAACAUGAGCGACGCGGAGAGUGCAAGAUUGUUGAUACGUCGUGACAGCGUCAGCGGCUUCCUCGACGUCGACUGCUUCAUCACAGACUUCGACACUGACAUGGCUGCACUUAACAGCAGUCUGCCCGUCUCUGAGACCAAUAUGCUGGCCUUCAUGAUGGCGAACCCCCAGCUGUACGACACAUCUCAGAACAUGCAGAACUUCUACAGGUACUUCGAGACUGGACUAUCGUACUGGUUGUAUGACGGCUACAGUGGCACAAGUUCAACGCAGUUCAUCAAUUUCGCUGACCACCUUGGAUUUUCCAUGGAUGUCUCGGACACGAAAAAUAUCAUCAACAAAACAGAUCGCUACUACGGAACAAGACUGAGGUAUGCCGCCAUUGUUGUGCACACGACCCUACGGAAUGGGAAAGUGGGCUUCGUGGAUGGGAUUCCUGUCGUCGAUGCCUGGGAAAGUUUUGCCAGAUCAGCGAUAGCGAAGCUGCCGCCAUCCCUGAGUGGAGGAUUUCAGUGCACACCCGAAGGCAACAACGCUUGGCACUGGCUUCGAGUCCAAAAGACUCUUGCUGACUCCGCCGUCAAGGGCAUCAUCAUCGGCAUCUGUCUCGCCUUCGUCAUCCUCACCUUCGCAACACAGAACGUCGUCCUCGGGUUCCUCGCCACCGCCACCAUCAGCUGUGUGACCGUCACCAUCGUCGGCAUCAUCCCACUGGCGGGCUGGAAACUGGGGGUACUGGAGUCCCUGAAUCUCUCGCUGGUUGUGGGACUUGCCGUUGACUACGUCGUCCACCUGGCGGAAGGAUACCAUCUGUCACGUCACGAACACAGACUCGGCCGACUACGCGAUAUGUUGGAAACCGUAGGAAUAUCCGUCCUCUCUGGAGCAUGCACUACUUUGGGAGCCUCCCUAUUCAUGUUAUUUGCGGUCAUUUUGUUCUUUAUGCAAUUUGGUAUUUUCAUGUUCUGCACCAUUGGGUUCUCUCUGUUCUAUUCGCUGCUUCUGUUCGCCCCGUUGUUGGCUAUCUGUGGCCCCCAGGGGAACUUUGGCUCCCUUUCCCCCGUGUAUGCGUGGAUCAAGGACCGAUUUAGGGGCAAGAAGAAAACCGACGUCGACUGCAACAAAUGCUCAGGUCAAGGUUUUCAUCCUUUGGAAGGAAUGGAGAAGUUCUGAUCAGAAUAUAUACUUAAAUUAUACGUAUUUAUGGUGGGCAGAUGAAGCCACGGUUUAAUUCCCGGUAAAGGUAUGAUGAAACGUUGAUAUUCAGUAAACGAAAAUAACCCCAUUCAAAUUGAAAAAAUAGGGGCGUGUCGACAUUGUACGUUUCCUUGAUAUGAACGUAUAUUCCUCUAAUUGGCAGA